GCGGCUGCGACAGGGUGGUUUGUCUUUUUCAGGUGUCAUGCAUGUCAUCAUCAUCAUCAACAACUUCUACCUGGCCUUCAAACACGACUGACUCUCACCCAGAAAGAGGAAUCUGAGUGAUUAAGAAGUAAAUCCAGGCGCGUUUUUGCGGUUGAAGCUGAAGGUUUAUGGAUAAAUUAAGGGCGGUGUUGAACGGUCGAGAUGGAAACCCUGACAGCACACCGAAUGUAAUCCAGACAGUGAAUGAAGCCUCCACGCUGUCCUGGACCACCCGGGUGAGAGGAUUCGGGGUGUGUAUGGGCAUCGGGAUCCUGUUCUCAGUUCUGGGCGUGUGCUGCCUGUUCAUCCCCCGGAUCGGCAUUAUCCUCUUCAUCGUCCUUUACACCUUCGGGAACAUCUGCUCCUUAGCCAGCACCAUGUUCCUGAUGGGACCAGUGAAGCAGCUGAAGAGGAUGUUUGACAAAACCAGAGCUUUUGCGACAGUGGUCAUGCUCGCGUGCUUGGUGCUGACGCUGUGUGCAGCAUUUUGGGUACGGACUGUCGUACAUCCCAUUUGCAAGAGAUGCCAUACUGAAGUUCUUUUCCACGAUGUGCAGAAUGUGCAUAAGAUGUACAAAAAACUCUACUUGAUCCAGGACCUGUGGUUUUUAAAGCUGAUUGACUACCACACACCGGCACUUGGUGACAUGUUGUGCUCACUAUGGUGAACUCCUGACAGAUGUGCCACUGGUUUUAUUUUUGCCUUUUUAAAGGUGAAAGGAUUGUGGUGUUAAAACAAUACUCUAUUCAUGGAAUUUUAUUUUCUGUACUGAAGUUUUGGGCCUGUUUUUCCAUUGUUGUCUUCAACUUUGUGGGAUUUUAUAAAUGCCGUGUCUUAAUUGAUGAUGCAAAUAAUGCUGGUUUCUUUAAUAUUUAUGCCAUGUUGUACUUUAAUUGUACCAUUUAGUGUAACCGAGUAGGCGGGGCUUAUACAACUUUUAUUGCAUGCUGAACUGAAAUAAAACGUGCAUGUAAAUUUAAAAUGUGCAAUAA